GAUCCUACCCACGUGGUCAGCAGAGGUAACGCGGAAGUGCACUGCUGCUGGUAAACUGAUCCAAUCAGGCACAUAGCCCCUCAAUUCCCCCGGAGCUCCGGCGGGCUAGCUAGCUUGACAGGCAAUGUGACCAGUUAUUUCACUCGAGCAAGCUAGGCUGACGACGCGGGUAACUUUGCUUUGCAUUUUAUAGACGAAGACAAGUCGAGCUUUAUAUACUGAUCAAGGGUUGUUCCGUUUGUUUACUUGAUAUAUUUACUAUGGCAGCUAACGAUAGCGGUGAACCUGAUACCAAGAAACCAAGGGUCGAUGUGAGUGAAGGUGACCUGUGUGGAAUUGGUAAUCCUCUUCUGGAUAUAUCGGCAAAUGCAGAUGAGUCAUUCCUUAAAAAAUAUGACUUGGAAGCCAACAACGCUAUCCUGACUGAGGACAAACAUUUACCAAUGUUCAAGGACAUGAUUGAUAAUCUAGAAGUGGAGUAUAUCCCCGGUGGAGCUACACAAAACACCUUCAGAGUAGUACAGUGGGUGUUGGACAAGCCUAAAGUGUGUACGUUCUUUGGCUGCAUCGGCGAGGAUGACUAUGGGAAGAAGUUGUCAGAAGGGAUGGCCAGCGCAGGAUGCAACGCAAGGUACCAGAUCAAUAAAGAAGUCAGCACAGGAACGUGUGCUUGCGUCAUCACAUCGGGAGGCAAAAACAGGUCGCUUGCUGCCAAUCUAGCUGCAGCCAACCACUUCAACGAGUCUCACUUUGAGGACAAAGAAAACUGGGAUUUAGUGGUGAAGGGCAAACUAUUUUACUCAGCAGGCUUCCAUCUCACAGUGUCUCCAGAUUCCAUGUUACGCAUGGCCAAGUAUGCAGCGGAAAACAACAAGAUCUACUGCACCAAUCUCUCAGCACCAUUCCUCUGUCAGUUCUUCAGUGAACCCAUGAUGAAACUCAUGCCUUACGUGGACUUCCUCUUCGGCAAUGAAACGGAAGCUGUAAGCUUUUCAGAGGCACAAAAUUUUGGGACAAAGGAUGUCAAGGAGAUCGCACUGAAAGCAGCAGAACUUGAGAAAGUGAACAAGGGAAGAAAGAGGACUGUGGUAUUCACUCAGGGAGAUCAAGCAACUAUAGUGGUCAAAGAUGGUGAAGUUACAGAAUAUCCCAUCCUCCCCAUCAAAGCUGAUCAGAUCGUCGACACCAACGGAGCCGGGGAUGCCUUCGUAGGGGGUUUUCUAGCACAACUCGUCCAAGACCAAGAUAUAGCACGGUGUGUGGCGUGUGGACACUAUGCGGCCUCAUACAUCAUUCAACAAUCGGGUACUACAAUGAAAGAUAAAGCUGAUUUCAAAUAGAUAAUGAUCG